UAUGAUGUGGGCAAUAGUCUGAAUAACCUUGUCUAGUGUUCCUUCUAACCCACUGCCAGCAAGGCAUGCAGUGUUACAAAGUGGCCAUGUUUAUUUCUGAUGCCAAGAAACAAAGCUAGCUCUAGAAGUACAGUAGCUUACAGUAACACACAAAACUUGCAUACAAGUUGCAAAGACUUCCAUAUAGAGUUCACAUAGAUGGGGAGUAUGGCUUUCUUUGAGAGCUUUUUUGGGAAGUUUUCCAUUAGGGCUUGCCUGAAAUAUGUCAGAAAUAGUCUUUUUGUGGUGUAAACACAGAACAGUUCAGACAAAAAGGGAAGCUACUUUGUAGCCUGAUGGUGUAAUCAUAUGAACAUAAGGUUAUGUAGCCAUGUCUUAAAGUUUUUUUCUCAGUAUUUUGUGGCAAUCUAUUGGAGGAAGGCUUUUUAAAGUGACCAGAUGUGCUAAGGCUCUGUGAGUGGGAGAGGAGACAUGCAUUUGCUCUUGAUGCUUUUGUAUUUUCUAACCAAAUGAUAUCAAAUAGUUCUACAAAAGGAAUUUUUAUUUUAUAAGGAGAACUAGUUCAUGGAUAUUUCCAUCUUUUCUUUUGAGAUUCCUUAUUUUUAUGUGAAAAUGUCUUUUCUCCGUUAAAACUGCACUUGUAAAUAAGGUAAAACAGGUGGAAUUUCCAGCUUGGAAAGUUCCUUGGUGGCAAGUUCCUGGGAAGUGUACAGGGAAGGUGUUAGGCUGCUAGUACCAACUGCUGCAGGGUGAUACAUCUUGGUGAUGCUGUGCUUGGACCAUAGUGGUGUGCAUUUGUAAGGCAGAGCAUCUAAGCCAUGUGCCCAUUGUUAAAAAGGAAGAGUAUUCCUGGAAGUUGGGGUAACUUGAGGGGGAGCUGACUUCUUGAGUGCAGAUAUAGGGAGUAAUGGAGACUGGGGGGGGGGAAGAGAAAAGCAUCUUCAUAAUGCGGUUCUUCACGGAGAGCUGCACUGAGGGGGGGGGGGGAAAGUGUGCUGGGCUUCAGUGGCAGGAGAUGAAGCAGGUAGUGACAGGUGUGAUACCUUUUGCUCUCCGGUCCCUGUAGGUAAAUUUCUGGUUUGGGGAAAAUUAGAAGUUAUUAGUUUAAAAGAAACUGGCCCUUCAAAUGGCCAGGUGACUGCUUAGGCCCUAGCUUUUCUAAGUAGAAGAACUUGCAUAGCAGGCCUUUGCUAUUCAUCUUCUAAAUGACGCUCCAUGCUGUCCCCAAGGGUUUCAGCAGGCUGAUACAGUAAGGGUUUAUUGGCAUCUACUUCUCUGAUAGAGGAGGGCUUCUGAGGAGAGGAGGUAUUCAUCCCAGUCAUCCCAGAGAGCUUAUCAGGCUAGAGUCUGUAAUAUCAAUCCUGUAGGCAAUAAGCAGUACAAAACAGUCCAUCUUUGUGAGGAUGGGGAAAGCAAGACAUUUGUCUUAGUGGCUUCCUGUGCAUUUUGAUAACUUUAUCUGUUCAUCUAAGUAAGAGCUAUCUCUGGUAUUGCUGGUAAAGGAGGAGCAGGGUGGUAGAUGUUCUUAAAAUUCCUGUGCAGUGUCUGGUUGUGUAGGAGCUACAAGAAGGUGGCUGGCAGGGAGUGGAAAUAAGGGAUUGCAGGUUGUGAGUGUUAUGCAGAUGAAACCAUUAUUAUUCUGCAGUGGUGAGACUUUCAGAUUCUUCUCACUUGUGACCUUGGAGAGGAAAUCCUGAACAAAGGAAGCUGGCAAGUGGCAUGAAUUAGGGAACAGCAGUAAAUGCUAGGGAAUAUGGCCAGCCUGAGAGGAGUGGGUAUAACGAGGCUUGGCUUAAAAGCAGCAAGCUCAAGGUACAAAGAAAUUGAUGCUGUUGUGUGCCAUUUGGAGGUGGUGUUUGCACCCAAAACAACAUCAAUCAUUUCUUUAUAGCAAGUUUGUCUUUGAGCUCUGCUUUAAGAGAGUGACAGUGGAAAAGGGAAAUGUGUAGGAGACAAACAUAAGAAGCUCUUACAGACUGCAUGUUUUAAGAAAUUGUAUUGCCAGUCUAAGUCAUCUUUUCAAGAAAAAGCCCAGAUUGUCUCUUGGUUGUGGAAAAUAUUUUUUGUAGUCAAGUCACAACUGGAGUGAGAUAAUUUGACUUGGAUAGCAGAAGAAUUCUGGCAGACUGCUGACUUUCAUAGUAAUGAAGUCAUCUGUCAGUACUUCACAAAGUAUUUCCAUAACUACCAAGCAAAAAAUUCAGUAACUUGUUGCUGUAGUGGAAGUACAGUGUUAAAUCAAUACUUCAUCUUUAAUUACUCUUUUUGUAGAAUUACUCCAUGUCUGUGUAUCUUGUUCGUCAGCUCACUUCAGCUAUGCUUUUGCAGAGGUUAAAAAUGAAAGGUAUCAGAAACCCCGAUCAUUCCAGAGCACUAAUUAAAGAAAAACUAACAGCAGAUCCUGAUAGUGAGAUUGCCACAACCAGUCUGCGGGUUUCUCUGAUGUGUCCUCUGGGAAAAAUGAGACUGACAAUCCCAUGUCGGGCUGUUACUUGCACACACCUGCAAUGUUUUGAUGCUGCUCUUUAUCUUCAAAUGAAUGAGAAGAAGCCUACCUGGAUCUGUCCUGUCUGUGAUAAGAAGGCAGCUUAUGAGAGCCUAAUACUAGAUGGGCUCUUUAUGGAAAUCCUUAAUGAAUGUUCAGAUGUGGAUGAGAUUAAAUUCCAAGAAGAUGGUUCCUGGUGCCCCAUGAGGCCUAAAAAAGAUGCUGUGAAAGUUUCAAGUCCACAGUGCACCAAAAUAGAAAGUUCCAGUGUUGUUAGCAAACCAUGUUCUGUGACAGUGGCCAACGAGGUAAACAAGAAGAAAGUUGAUGUGAUUGACUUGACAAUUGAAAGCUCUUCUGACGAAGAUGAUGAUCCUCCUGCCAAAAGGAAGUGCAUAUUUAUGUCUGAAACACAAGGAAGCCCAACCAAAGGGGUUCUCAUGUAUCAGCCAUCUACUGUCAGAGUGUCCAGCGUGACAACAGCUGAUACUGCUGCUAUUCCUCCUUCGUUAACAGACUACUCAGUGCCAUUCCAUCACCCACCAAUAUCUAGUAUUUCCUCGGACUUGCCAGGUAGGUGGUGGCUAUUUUUCAUGUGCAUUCUGACAGCCUUAUUAAAUAUGUGGGGUGGGUAAAAAAAAAUAAAUGGAGAUCAAGUUUUUUAAAUGGGACAAGACUGUAUGUAGUAUUGCACUGAUGUGAUGUCUAGACAAGUUUAGUACAAGCUGUCUUCCCAGUGUGAAACUAUGCUUCAACAAUGAUGUGAAAAACCUUGCUUCUGGGGUACGCCCUGACACUGGCACUCUGGAACGGCAGCCAGAAACACUUCUUGCUGUAUUCAGUUAGACUUUAUGUAAACAUCCAAUUGUUAUGCGUGGUAGAUCUGA